AUGAAAGAAACUUUGGAGGUGUUACAAAGGAAUCUUCAGCAGGCGAAUCGCCGUUACAACCAACUCGAUGACGAAGCCUUUGGGCUGAGGACGGAGGUCAUACAGCUGAAAGUGGAACUUGCUGCAUGCAUGUCAACAGCAUCGUCUACAUCUGGCACGUACCAACCCAAUCUGCAGCUCAAAAUGAAGCAGAUGCAGGAGAAGCUUGAUGGUGACACACUUCUCAUUUUUAAAAUAAUGGCACUCACCAGGGAGGUGAGCACUUUACAGGAGAAGAUCAAGCUUGCUACUAAUUCUAACAGAACUGCAGACAAAAUCGCAGAGCUGCAGAAAGAGCUGGACAAGAAGACGGCUGAACUAAAAGAUCAAAAACAGGAAGCUGAAGAAAGCCUUUCAAGCGCAACUCUCAUACUUCAGAUAAUCUCCCUGCAGAAUCAGCUCUGGGCUUUACAAGAGGCAGAAACAAGAGGGGAAAAACCAAACUCUGAGAGUUCAAGUGGCAUGACUCUGGUGAAACAACAGCUGAUCAGGAAGAUCGUUCUGCUGCAAGAAAAAGGAGAUGGCAACUUUGCUAAUUUGCUGGAGCUGAUUUAUGUGCGCACGAAGAUUGCAGAGUUGAAGAGGAUGAUCAUCGAUGCUAUUGAGAAAUCCAAAACCUUCGCCGCUGAUGCCAGGAAGCAAUGGCUCCAAAAGCUUGAUCUCCUCAGAAAGCUGAUUAUACAGCUGAAAGAUGACGAGAACAACAGGGAACUAACCUUGCAAAUUAUGAGAGUGCAGGCCGAGGUGCUACAUUUUGAACAGCUGAUGAAAAACGCCAAAAACAUCACUGAUUCCCAAAUUCAAGGGUUCCGCGUUUUGUUGGACAGAGAGAAGCAAAGGCAUGACGUUUUACAGAGGCAACUGGAAGCAGUGGAGUAUGUUAAGGCACAGCAGAUCAUGCAAGUCAUCAGCCUAAUAGAAGAAAUGAAAGAGCAGCACCUGACAGGCCAGCCCACCACUGUGCGUGAAGGUACAGAAAAAAAAUACAUCGAAGCUCAGGCCAAAAUAAGAGAGCUGCAGAGAAAACUGCGACUGAAGACUGAAAUGGAUUCCAAAUUUGUGAAAAGAUAUGAGAAGGUGAAGAUCGACUUUGACCGCAAAAUUGCUGAACUGAACAGAACUGAGGACUUCCAACCAGCUCUCAUUAUAAAGCUGAUGAGCCUGCAUGAUGAACUGAAGGCUUUGAAGGAUCAGAUCUCUCUCUCAGAAGACAAAGACUUGACCUCCGAGCUACGGAGACAACUGGAGAGAAAACAAGAAGAACUGAGCUCAGGAAUUGCAGACAUAGAACGUCUGACUUCUAGCCCAGGAGCAAUUUUAAAGAUCCUUGAACUGCAACAUGAGUUAUGGAACCUUCGGAACAAAGCCACCAAUGGAACCACAAGCAAUCGAGAAGACGAGUUACAGGACAGACUUGACGGCUUCAUCGACGAAAUCAACAACAGAGCCGGUGAAAACACAAAACUGAUACUGAAAAUCAUCAGUCUGCAAAGUCAGCUGGAGCACCUGGAGACGCUGCUGUCACAAACCUACAAUUCAAACUCUCCAAGCAUGGUGAGCAUAAGGAACAAUCUAACAGAUGAGCUCACAUUCAAGAGAGCCGAGCUACAGAAAUAUAUCAAUGAGCUGAAUAACAACAAUCCGGCUAAUGACAGAUUAAUUCUGGUUAUCACUGAACUCUACAAAAAUCUCAAAAGAAUUGAAAAAGAAAAUCGUGAUGAUAACGCAGCAUCCUCUUUAACAUUAACUCUCCAUCAGAUGUAUCUUCAAAACAAAAACAGGGAAUAUGCUCUUCUGAAGGAUAAAUUCGCAGAGCAGGAGAGGCAACUGCAGUUAAAGACACAUGAGUGCUCUGGACUCGAGCAACAACGAAACCAGCUGAAGACUGAAGUUGAAGAGAAGAUUGCAGAACUGAACAAGACGAAAGACUUCAAAACUGCUCUGCUCCUGAGUGUGAUCAACAUGAAGGCUGAAGUGAAGGCUUUGAGGGAGCAGAUCUCAAACUCAAAAGAUCCAGAAAUCAUCUCACAGCUGCAGAUGCAACUGGAGAAGAAGCAAGAUGAACUGAUUGCUAAGACUGCAGAAAUGGAGGAAUUGAUUGCCAACCCGAGAACAGUUUUACAAAUCAUUGAACGCCAGAAUGAGAUAUGGGACCUGCAGAACAAGGAUGUGAAUGGGACAGCUGGUGACCGGAUAAAAGCUCUACAAAACAGAAUAGACACACUCAUGGCUCAAAUGGGCAGCAGUGAUCAAGAAAACACCAAACUGACACUGAAAAUCCUGAAUCUGCAGAGUCAGGUGAAGCACCUGCAGAAUCUGCUGUCAAACCGCGAGACUCUACAAACCAGUAAGCUAACUGAGCUCACAAAUGAGCUUGCAGCCAAGAAGGGAGAGCUGGAGAAACAUGUCAAUGAGCUGAAAGAGAAGAACCAGGAAAAUGCCAACCUGAUUUUGAACAUCACUGAUCUGCAAAGCCAACUUGAAAACCUUGAAAAAGUUAAGACAGCUGAGGAUAAAGAAAGUGCUGCUACAAUUUCUAAUCUCAGAAAACAACUGAAGGAUAAAGAGAAGGAGCAUUCUCGUGAUCAGGAAGUGAUCCUCGACUUGCAGCAAAAACUGAAUGAGACAGAAAGCUGUUCAGAUUAUGAGCAGACAAUUACAGAUCUGCAGCAAAACCUGAAUGACAAAAUCAAGGAGCUGCAGUCCAAAUCUAACUCUGUUACUUCACUUGCUCUACAAAUUUCUACAUUAACUCAGCAAGUGGAGCAACUGAAAGCACAAAUGAACAACUCUGUGUCCAAAUCCAAGGUUGAUGAGCUCCAAAACGCCAUAGAUGAAAAGAACGAGGAGCUGGACAAACUAACAAAAGAGCUGAAAGAGAGAAGUACUCAACCACGUAGACUUCUGCAGAUUAUUGCACUACAAGCAGAAAUCGAGAAAAUGGACACUGUGGCGAAAAAUGAUACAGAUGACGAGAAGAUUAAAGCACUUCAAGGAAAGCUCACUUAUUUGAUUGAGGGAGUUAAAGAUGAACAGGAUGAAAACACUAAGCUGACAUUUCAGAUCUUGAAUCAGCAAGCUGAAAUAGCAAGACUGAAGAAGCAAGAAGAGAGGAAGAAUCAGACACAAGAAGCAAAAAUUAAAGAUCUGGAGAAUCAACUGGAGGCCAUGAGGAAUCAGAGAAACACAGGAAGUGGUAUGAGUUCAGUCAUGAGUUCUGGUUCAGUCAGCAACAAGGAGUGA